AUGUUCCGAUCGCACCUGGGGCUCUUUCUCGAGGAGGACAACAUCAGGCACGCACCCUGUGAAGGGCCAGAUUGCUUCGACCUUCGCGGAGGCGGUCUUCCUUUCGAGCCCCCGCCGUUGGCUUCAAUAUGGCGACGACCUGUUGCAGCAAUGCUGGACGAUUCGCUCGAGCCACGACUUCGAGGAUCGCUCGAGAACUUUCUCAACGAGAGCACCAUGAUGGAUGAAGUGCACGACGAGGUCGGUAGGCUACUCCGGUCGGACCGACCUUGUGGUCGGAUCGUGUGCACCAACAGUCCCGAAUGCACCGCAACGAUCCACGACCUGCGCAUACGCGUUCUAGAACCUCUGCUCCUAUUCGUGUUGAAGCGGUACUACGAUUCAGUUGGCGACUCCGAUACGAGCGAGCGGCCCAACAGCCUGUACUACCUUCGCUUCGAGGCUCCACAGCGUUCUCAUCCACCCGGGAUCACGCUUGCCCUGAUGAGAGGCAACGGAAGGUGCUUGUCCCGCCUUUCGAUUAUCCUUGAGGAGGACGCGUCCUUCAUGUCAAACGGUCCUCAACCGAAUUUGUUUGCGCGCGACGACGAGUGCAAGUUUCAUCUUUAUCAUAAUGGUCCGAUCCCUCUUGAUCUCGGAAAGAGGAGCCAUGGCGCACAGGCGAUGUUAAACAAGGUCCGUCGAACACGGUGCGGACCAUGCCCCACUACAGCUUAUAUCGUAUGCCAAGCCGAGCUUCCUUGUUUGACACCAAUGCCAACACAGCUGGCUUUUCUCAUGGAAUCGGCCAAUGAAAGAAAUGACAAGACGGGUGAGGUGGAAGUCCCUGUACGAUUCGGCAUGAUGAUCAGCUCUCAUUUCGUCAUCUUGGCCGAAGCAGGUGAGCUAGCUUGGCAUUCCGUGGCAGCGUAGAAAAAGAAACUUACGCGCCAUUCCUUCUUGCAUGUUCCUGUACACUAGUUGUAAACCCCCAAAACCUUCAAGAGAUGGGGAUCUUGUACUCGCGCAUCUACACCACCGCCUCACGACGCCCCCCAAUCCCCCAUCAAGAGCCAUUCCUAUUCGAUUACAUAUCCGUCGCGCUUAUGUUCCUGGCCGCUGGUAUUGACCAUAUCGCAACAGCAGCGCCCCCCUCACCCGAAGCUCUUCAACUACUGUUCGCACAUUCAAUUGACCCGCAGGAGCUGGACCGAACCGUCGGGGCAAUCGGAGUUGAGUGCGCAAUCGAAGCACCGGAAGCUUCUGAAUCACCGCGGGCAAAAAGACGGCGCACCCGGGGCACGAAGGCAACAUCACAGCCACCAUCACCACUGUUGAAGGACUUCUGGCGCACGGGUGGUCACGUUGUACAAGUGACGCUGGACACGUCUGUAGCUUCGGUAUGUUGCGAGAUCCAGUGGCAGAUGCUCAUUCUUUCGGCGUACUACCACCGACUCGACGGAACGCUCGCUAGCUGACUGAUCUUUAUGUCCUGGGCGCCGGCUACAUGCACAGAUACAGAUCGCUCUUGUCUGGGAGUAUUCGCCAGACCGACUAGACCCUUACGAGGCGGUCGUGUUCAAGCUCAGCGAAACAUCGAUUCCCAACGAAGCGCUCGUGAAAACGUCUGAGUUCAGAACAACGCCUAGCCUGAAACGCCUUUCUCCUGCUUUGCUAGAAUAUCUCUCCCGCGAGCUUUAUGAUGAUGGAGAGCGCUCACCACUUCUUAUGGCAUCACUUUCUGCGCUGGAUAGGUGCGACUUGCAAUCGUUACCGCAGAUUCGGAUACCGCAACUCCUCGCUAUCGGUGGAUAUGGCUCUGCUUAUGGAGGUCAACUACGUACGAAGGCACCCGCCGGCAGCCCCUCUCGACAUUCGAACAAGUCGGUUCAAGCGGGUAUAGCACCACGCCUACUCGCUGGCCUUGAUUCGACCAAGUCUGAGCCCAUUCCGCAGCAUAAGGUGAUGCUGACGGAUACACCGAUGGUGAUCAAAAUCUUCGAUGGGUGGGGGGCGGGCAUCCGGGAGUCUCUCUUCUACGAGCACGUUUUUCCUCUUCUACCCAAAGAGGCUCGGAAGCUCCUCCCCACGUACUACGGGACCUAUCUCCAAGCUGGGCCGUCUCGGUCCAUUGCUCUUGUGAUGGAAUAUGGUGGAAGACAGAUCAGAGAUUCUGAUCUCGUCCCAGAAUUCGACGAUAAAGUUCGGUGAGUGAUCAAAGUGCUGGCAUCUGAGCUCACGCAGGCUUGGCGCAUCAGAUUGACAGGUGUUGGACGUCUGUGUGGCGUGGGUCCUAAAGCCAAGCAGUUCAGAUGUUCGCUCGACUCGGGAUCGAUCACGGAGAUUUGAGGCGCGACAAUGUUUUGCUACGGGAUGACGGCUCCCUGUGUUUGAUCGAUUGGAACCUUGCCAAGCUCGUAUCUCAGUCAGCACCGUCGUCAUCAGAGGUGUCAGAAUGA